AUGAAUGAAGAGAGGAAAAACGCAGGAACCAUAACUCGAAUUAAACGAAUAAAACCACAACUUAUAAUUGCAACCCUGACUACAGCUGUGGUGGGCUACUAUGUGUGCUCGCACAUCUUUUUGAUCCUUCUAGGAUCGAUAGUUCCUAUGUUGAUAUUUGGUUACAUGAUAUGGCGAGUCGGCGGUCACCCGCCCAAAUCAAUUGGGAGCCUAAACGAAAAGCUUCAAACAAGAUUCCCACGAUUGAAGUUCACUGAGUCGCACAAUUGGGCAAAAGAAGUUUCAGAGCUGAAUCAGGAAGCAGAUCCAGACCGCGUUAACCAACUUUAUCCUGAAAACUUCAUAAUCAGUGACACUCUCCAUAACUUGAUACUGCUCAUAACGCGAGACUUUGUAGAGUCAUGGUAUAUGCGAAUCACUCCAGAUAGGAGAUUUUUGGUCGAGGUACAGGUGCAAAUAGGCAAUGUUGUUACUCAAUUGCAGCAAAGACUGAGCGAGAUAGAUCUGACAGAAACACUAGUCUAUCGUGUCCUGCCAUUGAUCACAGACCACUACACAAAUUUUGUCACUGCACAAGAGAUUGUGAAGAAUAAGAAGCUUGGCACAACUAGAUCCUUCACCAAUACAUGGGACCUUGACAAAAUCGUUGCAUCUUGCUACAAUAAGGGAAAAUUGCAUCCGGCGAUCAAGUUAAAAAGCGUUGAUCCCGAAGAAGACAUUCAAAGAUGGCUCUCGCAGCAGGUAUCCAAGAUUCUUCCUCUGAUAGUGGAUGGAAAAGAGAUAGAGUCUCCUCCUAUUUUUUUGCUUCUUCGAGAGAUUUUGGAAAAAUGCGUAUUUUUCCAGAUCGUGGAGAUGCUCUCCGACCCCGACUUCUACAACCAGCUCGUGGAAAAGAAUCUCGGAAAUGCUAUGAAGGACCGUUUGAACGUCAAACGAUUUCGAAGCGCGCUCAGUAAGCAUAGUGUUGAGAAUCUCAGAAAUUCUAGGUCAUUGAUUUCAAGAGGAAGGUUGAAUCCAACAAGCGAUGCAGCCAAAUUUCAACGUAUAUUGCGCGAAAUCAACAAGUCCCAGUCUGUGGCAGACCUCAAACAGUACAAGUACUACGUGACUCUACAAUUGAAUAAAGCAAGUCGGGGUGAAAACGCCAACAAUCAGCUGUACAAAGAAAGACUUGCUACCCUACGCAGCGCGACCGAUAAACGUCUCUUAUCCUUGCUGAAGUCAUCCUCCGCUUUGGCAGGACAAGAACCAAAUGUCAACGCCAACUUAGACAUCACUUUUGCCCAGAUACUAAAUAGUCCUGCAAAACUUUCAGUGUUCACAGAGUUCAUGGAACAGAGACGGCGCACCCCUUUGCUGAAGCUGUGGCUUGUGGCUGAGGGACUGAGAAAUCCACUGGAGGAUAAUUACGAUCUCUCAGAAGAAGACAGCAGUGAAGACGAAUCUAACUUAGAAUACUCUAUGACAAUGUCUCAGGGUGAUGACCUACGUCAAAUAUUCGAGGAGUUUUUUGAAAGUCCAAUUCUCAAGAUAGACUCAAAAUGCUAUUCCAACGUUUCAAAAUUUGUGGAAACAAAACCUGCGGAUCCUGCACUUUAUUACAAAGCUCGCAAGUCUUUAUUCAAGCUACAGAAUGAAGUUUAUCAAAGAAUGCAGAAAACCGAUUAUGUUGCUUUCAAACAAUCUGAUCUUUACUUGCGACUAGUUGCAGCGGAAGAACAGCCAAAAAGUGAAGGCAUAGAGAUAGAUGAGGAUGAGAUUAAUGGCGAUCCGUUGGCGGAUUAUGAAGAGACUGGAAAUGAGGAGCAAAAAGUGAGCGACGCUGUUCUUCGCGCUGUUGAGGACGUCCUGGCUGACCUGGCAGAUGAAAAGCGAGAAAGACCAAGCUUGUAUCAAUUCAACUCCGGUUUUUCAUCCUCAGAGGACCUGUCGGAGGCGCCAUCAGGUACCAGUACUCCUAGAGUGUCUCGGCUUCUAAGUAAGGAUGUCCAGCGCGACCUGUUUGGGGAAGAUGUGGAGAAAAAUGGAUUGUUCGACAACAACGGUGAAUUAUCAGACGAUAAGGACUCAGCCAAUUCAAUAAAGAUUUUCGAUGACGACGAGAGCGAAAGUUUCUUAGAUGAUGAGAUGACGAUGUCAUCAUCUCAAGAACUGCGAUUGGCUGCUCCUGGCAAUCUUAAUCUGGGAGACGAAAUUGAAAAGCUGGGAGCGGAGGUUGAUAAGCUGCAGCAGCAGUUACGCAUUAUAGAGCCGCUUCUGAACAAGGCAGAACUGACCAAUAACGUUUCCGAAUUAAAGAUCCUGAGAAAGACUCAGGCAGGACUCAAAAAAGAGUUGCAGUUGAAGGAAUUACAGAAGCAACAGUACAUCGUCCAGGAAAGCGACAAUACACUCUAUGGAAAAAGUCACGUGCGGAUACAGUCAUAUCUCAAUGGAUUCGAAGAUGGAAAAGAGUGCAUAAUGUACAUAAUUGAGGUGCAAAAGCUGACGGCUGAUAACACUGUGGUCGCAGGCUGGAUGGUUGCAAGACGGUUUAGCCAGUUUUUCAAACUGAAUAAUUAUCUCAAGAGCAAGUUCGCCGAAGUCGGAGACUUAGACUUUCCUAAACGUAAGGUGGUUCUCAAAUUCCAGCAGCGAUCAUUGAUCGUCGAGCGACAGCGAAAACUCGAGCGCUACCUACAAUCACUGAUUGAGAACCGUGACGUUUGUCAGGAUAAAGUCUUCCGCAGCUUCCUGUCUUCGGAACUUUUCGACAUUAAUCCCGACAACUCGCGUCAGAGACUUGGGAAGCUAGGCAAUCCAGGGAAAAGUGCAGUGAAUAUGGCCUCAAAAUUGUACAACAACAUUUCCAACCAAUGGCAACUGCAAUACAAGGCUCCUGCGAAUGAUGAUGACAAUAAGCCAUCUUUGGAAAUGCAAAAAGAGCUCUCUAGCUUGGACGAAAAUCUUGAAGGACAGGAAGCGAAGUUUUCCUCAUUUGUGAGGCCUAUCAGUGACUUCCUGAUCGCUGUUUUUUGGCUCAAGAACUCAAAGGCCUGGCUAAGGGGCCGGGCUAUUGUGCUGGUUUUGCAGCAACUUUUGGGCUCCACAAUUGAAAAAAUGGUGAGGGUCAGCAUUGAUGGGAGGUUUAAGGACUCAUCGACUGUGGCUGGCAUCCUGACUCUGUUGCAAGACUCCUUGUGGCCAAAUGGGUCGUUCCGAAAGUCAGGACCUCCUAGAACCUUAUUGGAGAAAUCUAAAACCAAACAGCAUGCUAGAAGGAUUUUGGAAUUCUUCAUCAUUGAUACGUGCUCCAAGAUUUUUGGUGUUUCCAACUCCAGAUUGGCUGCAGAGACAACGUUUCAAAUUCUGCAAAACCAGACUUUGAACAGACACCUGGUUUUAACGAUCCUACAAGAGGUUUUGGAGACAAUCUUUCCAGAGAUUGAAAGAUAA